GUGGAGACGGUAGUAGUAGACAGUUUUGGCAUAGAGAAUCUUCGAGCACAGUUUCUACAGUUUGAAAAUUGUUAAGGAUGGCAGCUCAUUGUGUGUCGAAGGUCGAGCUUUCCAUCUCUUGCAAUAAUCUCUUGGAUAAAGAUGUUGGAUCCAAAUCUGAUCCACUCUGUGUUCUGCUGCAAAGCAUCGGGGAUGACAAAUGGACAGAGGUAGAACGCACAGAAAGAGUGAAGAAUUGCCAGGACCCUGAGUUCUCCACAAAACUUCACAUUGACUACCACUUUGAGAAGGUGCAGAAAUUAAAGUUUGGCAUCUAUGAUAUUGACAACAAGUCUGUUAACCUCAGUGAUGAUGACUUCCUGGGAGGCUUUGAAUGCACCCUUGGCCAGAUUGUGUCAAGUAGGAAGAUUUCCAGACCCCUUCAGCUCAAGGCAGGAAAACCAGCUGGGAAAGGCACAAUAACAAUCACAGCUGAUGAGGUGAAGGACAACAGGGCUAUUGUGAUGGAAGUGGAGGCCAAAAACCUGGAUAAAAAGGAUAUGUUUGGGAAGUCGGAUCCAUUCUUGGAGUUUUUCAAGCAAGAAGAAGAUGGGAAAUGGCAGCUAGUUCACAGGACAGAGGUCAUCAAGAAUAAUUUGAAUCCAUCUUGGAAAAAGUUUACUGUCUAUUUGCAUACAUUCUGCAGUGGUGACCUGAAUAAACCAAUCAAGGUUCAUUGUUCUGAUUAUGAUAGCGAUGGCUCUCAUGAUCUCAUUGGUGUGUUUCAAACUAAUGUGUCAGAUCUGCAGAAAGCAGUUCAUGGCUCCCCGGUUGAGUUUGACUGCAUUCAUCCAGAGAAGCAAAAGAAGAAAAAGAGUUAUAAGAACUCUGGGGUCAUCAGGAUUAAGGAUUGCAAGCUUGAGGCACAGUAUUCAUUUCUGGAUUAUGUGAUGGGAGGUUGCCAAAUUAACUUCACGGUGGGCAUUGACUUCACUGGCUCUAAUGGAGACCCCCGCUCCCCUGACUCUCUGCACUAUCUCAGCCCUAAUGGCGUGAACCAGUAUCUGUCAGCCAUCUGGUCCGUUGGUCAGGUAGUCCAAGACUACGACACUGAUAAACUUUUCCCAGCAUUUGGAUUUGGUGCUCAAGUGCCUCCAGACUUCAAGGUAUCCCAUGAGUUCCCAUUGAACUUCAACCCCAGUAGCCCAUAUUGCCAAGGGGUGCAAGGCAUUGUGGAUGCCUACCGCGUGGUUUUGCCUCAAAUUCGUCUUUAUGGACCCACCAACUUCUCCCCCAUAAUAAAUCAUGUGGCCCGAAUUGCAGCCGGAGCCGCCCAGCAACCAAAUGCAGCACAAUACUUUGUGCUGUUGAUCAUCACUGAUGGAGAGAUCACUGAUCUCGACCAGACCAGACAGUCCAUCGUGAACAGCUCCAAACUGCCCAUGUCCAUCAUCAUCGUGGGUGUGGGUGAGGCAGACUUUAAGGCCAUGGAGUUUCUGGAUGGGGACAAUGGAGUUCUUAAAUCUUUGACCGGAGAACCAGUGGCCAGAGAUAUUGUGCAGUUUGUGCCCCUCAAGCAGUUUGCCAAUGCUCCUAAAGAAGCGCUGGCUCAGAGUGUUCUAGCUGAGGUGCCGAAUCAGCUGGUGUCAUACUUUAAAAUAAGAAAUGUGGCUCCUGUCAACCCCCCUUCACCGAUCAAGUAGACACAAGUGUGCGCUGGAGACUGAAUUGUAUGUCUAAAAGAAAUAGGAGUUAGUUAGAAUUAGUAUGGAUCACCACUAGAGGGAGCCAGAGCUCUGUUAAAGGAAGCACUGUGGGAGUGUUUAACUCGUAUGAAGACCACUUGUCUUCACUUGUAUUUUCCUUUUUUAUACAUUAUGCAAACAGUUGUCAUUUUCAGUCCUUCAUAUUUUUCUUUUAUCUUCCAAGAUUGUUCUUCCUCAAUCUUUUCCAACUGGAAAAGAGUUUAUAUAAAUGUUCCUUUUUUAUAGAUCUGCAUAUAUUUUUGUAUUAUUGUUUAUGGAUGCAGAUGCCUUGAUUUUCUUAAGCCAAUAUUUGAAAUCACUUUAGGCCUUGCGCUGCUUUUUAAUGCAGAUGUAUGCAAUAUCAAUCAGGAAUGCGGAUUUAUGAAAUUCCCUGCACUUACCGCUCUAUAGUAGUUAUUAGAGAAAAGUGAAUGACUCCAACUCAUUCGAGCACUAUGCUGCAGUAUAUAAUCAUGCUGAAAUGAUAGAGAUGAGUAGUAGCUAGAACCUUACCAAAGAAAUCACUGCAUGUUUUUCACUAACAAACUAAAGCUGUCAAAAGCUAGAUUGUUUUUGAGAAUUAUUUUGCCAAUAUGUUGUCAUUGUUUUGACCAAGAUAUAUUAAGGAUCAUUUAAAAUGCAUAUAGACUAUAUAGUAUGAAUUUGAGUAGAAUGGAAUUUUAAAAUACUGGUUUACUGGUAUAAAGACAUUACAUAGACGUUGGGACCAUAAAACUGCCUUAUCAGUUAUGCCUUUUUUUAAUGUUAUUUUGAGGAUUUUGUGCGUUUGUGGCAAAUAACGUUUGAAAGAUUGAUUUAGAAUGACAGAAGUCGUGCUGUUGAUUUAUCUAACACAAAUAUUUGCAGCUUAAUCGUACAGUAAAGUUAAUCUGCAUUUCUCCACUAGAUCUAUUGGAUUUAGUCACGUAUACUUGCGCUUGCCACACGGGACGUUCACAUGUCGGGUCUUUUGCGCGCUGAAGUUCGUUUUUUUUUUAUUAUUGUAGACGCGCGGCAAGCGCGCCCAUAAUAGAAGCGACGCAGUCGCGACUCGCCCGUUUUUCCCAGGCGCAAGCUCCGGGCGCUUCGGAAAGAAGGAGAAAGCGGCGUGGCUGGCGUUUUCCACGCGUUAUUAGACGCGACAUGUGAACUUCCCCUUAUGGGACCGUUAUCUGGUUUGAAGAAUCUUUUUAAACUAAUGAUUUAAAGGAAAUGGGAUUGUAAACAUUAUGGAUGUUUUUCCCCAUCAUUGUAUUUCCUAAUCAUGAAAUAAGAUGUUUACACAGCAACAUGUUGUUCAGUUCUUCAGAAGCCAUUGUCACUGUUAGACCGAUUUAUAUAACUGUCAAGAAGAAAUGCUGAAUAAAAUUGCCUUAUUA